CUUUAUCUUUUCGCCAUUGCUCGGGCGGCGUCCAUUUUGUACGCCAUAUUGAAUUUGGUCGGACAUCUUUGACGCCAUGUUUAGUCGGACAUAUUUUAUAAACAUUUUCGCGUAAAUUUCAAAUAUUUUUGAGCCUAAAUAUCGAACUUUUUUUCACUGAAGUCUGGGGGAUAGAUAGGGGCGAAGAUUACUCGGAAAAAUUCUGUACCUACGCAGCAGUCCAAAUUUGUCUCCAAGUGGCCGUGCAGCUUUUGUUAUAAGAUAAAUAAAGGGAGCGGUUCACCAUGAUGAACCAGGAGAUCAUGUGUGAAGUGGAGAUCGGCACGCACGGCGGCAUAGAGAUAGAUGGGGACGAUCAGGUCGGCGUCAAGUAUGAAGAAAUAGAAGCCGGCCAAUACGAGGAGUACAUAACUGACGAUCAGUACGAGGAGGUUGAGGAACAGGUGAUUGGCAUGCAUCACCUGGAGGAAGGUCAGUUCAGUACUCACAGCCCAUUGCACCUAUCACCAUCAUCAUCACACCCCAUGUCAGCGCUGCUGACAGAUUACAAACUUGCAGUCGGCAGCGAGGAGGUGAUCCUGCCAGGGAUGUCCGGAGAGGAAGUCCUUACUGCCAACGACUCUUAUGAUCCGGUGUAUGCUACUCCGCCUUCUACUAGCAAUAAUAACAGAGGUCGCGGCAGGCCCGCGGUUAAAGCCAACAAUACCACGAACAACGUUCAUCAUCUUAUGCCUAUUGGCGAAGUCCCCAUGGGGCUCAUGGAGGGCGUCGGCGGAGGCCGGGGCACGGCGCGGCGCUGGGAACAGAAGCAAGUGCAGAUCAAGACCAUGGAGGGGGAGUUCAGCGUCACCAUGUGGGCCACCGGAGAGGAUGAUGAUGACGGUUCCAACCCCGAGCCGGACCCCGACUACACGGAGUACAUGACCGGCAAAAAGACCAUACUGGGCAACGAGACCAUGCCAGGUUUAGACUUAUCAGACCCCAAGCAGUUGGCGGAAUUUGCACGACCCGGGCACAAGAUCAGGCUAAAGAAACCCUCUCCCGAAUCAUCGGAUAGAACUAUAGCAUGUCCACACAAAGGGUGCACUAAGAUGUUCAGAGACAACUCUGCCAUGAGGAAGCAUCUGCACACGCACGGGCCGCGAGUACACGUGUGCGCGGAGUGUGGUAAAGCGUUUGUAGAAAGUUCGAAAUUAAAAAGGCACCAACUUGUUCACACCGGGGAGAAACCCUUCCAGUGCACCUUCGAGGGCUGCGGGAAAAGGUUUUCACUCGAUUUUAAUUUAAGAACCCACGUUCGGAUCCACACGGGCGACCGCCCCUACGUGUGUCCGUUCGACGGCUGCAACAAGAAGUUCGCGCAGAGCACCAACCUCAAGUCGCACAUACUCACACACGCCAAGGCCAAAUCAAGAAACUCGUUAUCCCGCAACGGCGGCGGUUCUUACGAGUCGGCCCGGACGACGCCUCAGUUCGUGCAACUAGAGAUGUCUCCGGACGACUCCAACCACCAGCUCAUCUUCUACACGCACGAGUGAACAUAGUGUAACGGUGUCAUGAGUGAACUUAAAUAGUGGACAACCGUCAAACAAGGAACAAAGUGAGACGCUAGUGAAGCGAAUGAGAACUCAAUGUGAGUCCAAUUGAAGUGAUAGUGAAUAGGUUGAAGAUAGUGAAGGAUUAGUGUAAUGUUGAGGGGAUAAGGAUAGUGAAAAUUAGCAGAACUGCAAUUUAACGGUGUUUGUAAAGUUAUCAUGGAACAGUUGAAAAAUAUGAAAUUACUAAUAGCCGCGGGUCCACACAGAGCGAGCAUACGCGCGAGGCAAUCUCCUUGCGUACAAAACGGCCAGUGUAGACGUGCCUCGACCGAGGCGCGCUUGUUGUAUCGACAUUUUUACUAUUUUUAGACGUGCCUCGCGCGCGCCGCCUCGGCCGAGGCACGUCUACACUGGCCGUUUUGUGCGCGAGGAAAUUGCCUCGCGCGUAUGCUCGCUCUGUGUGGACUUUUGUUUUUGCACAAUUUUUACAUGUCAUUUUAGUAUCUGAUAUUAGGUGCGUUGGGGUUACUUCGACAAAGGGACAUUUUGAAAAUCGGAAUCUAGACUAGAAUACAUACUUUAGCCACACUAAAGCUACUACAAUACUUAUCAAGUAAUUUUGCCUAUUGUUGCUACAGUAGAAAAAGCUUCCAGUAAUAGAUAUUAGGCGCCAUUCAUUUAUUACGUAAGACGAAUUUUGCCGGUUUUUGAUCCCCUCCCUCCCCUAUGUAAGAAAAAAUAAAAGGCUGACCCCCUCCCUCCAUAUUAGUUAUAUUAAUUAAGAAUCUAAUGGAAGAGGAAGAAAAAAUUAAUAUGUUUGGUUCUUUUUAGUGUACAUAAAAAAAAUUUAAUUAAAACAUUUAUUUGUACAGUUGAAGGCAAAAAUAUCGAAUUAUUGUCUAAGGUGUAAGAGCGUACACAUAUUUUUGAAACUUUGGGAAUGUAUAUAUAUUUAUGCCCUUGACUGUACCUACAAAGGUACUGGAGCCCGUUUAAGCUAAAGAUCUUAAGUAAGAACUAUGUAAUCCCCCUCCCUCCCCGUUGUAAGAAAAAAUAAGAUAUGUUCACCCUCCUUCUCCCCUAAAUCGUCUUUCGUAAUAAAUUAAUGGCGCCUUAGUGAUUACAAAAUUAUCUCACUUUCAAAGUUACCCCAUAGAACCUAAAAAAAAAAAAUGGUUCAGCUACCAAGUGUUACUGGACCAUGUUAACUUUACAAGCCCUGUCAAACUGUGUGACAUUAUCAAGUAAAAUGUUCACCUUUGUCAGUUGUUAAUAAUAAUUCCUUUGCCAACGUACAAAAUGGUACCGUUUGAUCGAAAAUGUCAGUUAGAAAAUUAUGACAAAUUUUUGAGACCAAGUCCCCAGGAAAGAUAAUAUGAAAAUUGCAAAACUUUGCAAGUGUGAUAAAAGAAAAACUAAAUAGUAUAUAGACUAUGGAAUGAAGGGAGUUUUUACACUACAAUUAAUUAGUUUUAUAAAGUCAAUAAACAUUGGAUUUAAACAGUUUAAACCAAAGUUUUAAAUAGAUUAAAAAAUUAUUUCUGUGUGCAUAAAAUUCUGAUGUUUCAAUAACCUUUAAGGUGCUGGGAUGACUUCUAGAAACGAGGUUGUUUUGAAAACCGGUAUACACUGAAAUAUACUGUAGAAACACUGUACUUUAGUAUCAAGUACUAAGGCAUAGGGCCAAUUUAGUAUAGUGCUAUUGAAUAAGUAGAAAUUUGGGCCAUUUAUACACUUAAUUAAUUUUUGACAAGUUUAUGUUUGCGAACAAUGCUACGAGCCCUGAGUUCAAGUCUCACCCGAGGCAGUAAUUUUUCCACUUUUAAAUUCAUUUAUUCACUUUUUUAAUAUGAACAUUUUUAUAUUAUUUGUACUCAGAAUAGCGAGCUAUUUAUCCUAAUAGCAUAAAAGGUAGUGUUUUAUUCCGUUACUAUUUUUUAUAGAAUCUGUAUGGCGGUAACGGAAUCGAAAGAUCAAAAAAUGUAUGGAAAUUUUAUUACACUGCUCCUAUUGGGAUCGAAAUAGCUCAUGAGCUAUUUCCCACAUUUCCCAAAUUUUAACUAAAUGGCCCCUUUAAGAAAAACUACCCAGUAUCUGAACUUACCCCAAUGCACCUUGGCGUGAUCUCAUAUCAUUUUGCUGUUGAUCAUCAUUUACUCUGAUCUGUUUGUCCUUAAUCUUUAAUCAGUUAUAUUUGAAUCACCGUAGAGGCCGUCUAAGUCAACUUUGCACCAACUUGAACAGAACAAGGUGAGGCCGUGUCAUAAAAGUCUUAUUUUCAUAUAAAUUUGGACUAUAAUGGUGACAUGGCCACACUUUGUCAUUGCAAAUGCCAUGGUUAGCUUGGUCUUACUCUAUUUUAUUAUUGGUGCUAUAUUUGAUUAGACUAUAUGAUGAUUUCAUUAAAAUAUUAAUGUGAUCAGAUACAUAUUUCUCUUACAAAAACCUAUCUUUAUCAAACAUAGAGAAAGAUUAUUCUUGUAUUUUAUAACUAUAUCGAGGUCCUGAUUAUUUACGAAUAAAAAUAGAAAUAAAUUUGUCUCUAAUCAACUACUUACUCUUAUAGGAUUAUUCCCACUAGUUACAACCAAGUUAUAAACUUAAAUAGAUAACAUACACUAAGGAAAAAGUGACCAAGUCCAAGUGGCCGAGGCGGGAAUCGAACCCGCAUCUUCAGCUUACGCGGCUAACUAGUAGUGUGACUACUUAAAAAACGCAAAUCAAAAAAUAUUUUGUAAAAUAAUUCGAUUAGUUCCCUAGUUGGGUACAACCAAUAGGGAAUAUUACGCGAAACUCUGCGCAGGGGGCGCCACUACCACAAUCUGAGGGAAAACAAGAAAAUCGAAAUUUCGUUAUCUAACAUCUCUGUCACUCUUGCAUAUUCGAGCGUUAAAGAGGCAGAUAGCGAAAUUUCGAAUUCGCGUUUCCCGGUAGGUUCUUGAAAACAAACCGCCUUGAUGCAUCAAUGUCAUAUUUUAUUAUCUCUGAAAACUUGACAAAAAACUGUUAAUGGCACAGUAUGUAUAAGUUACUCUAUGGUUUACUAAACGGGCUAGUGCUGCACUCUGGUGGCAGAACAUUGCAGUAAUACCCCCUAUUUGUUACUAGUGGCAAAGAUACGGCUAUGUUCCGAAUUACGCUCACACAGUCAACGAUAUAUAUAAUAUACAAAUACAUAGAAAACAUCCAAGACACAGGAACAAAUCUGUGUUCAUCACACUAAUAAAUGCCCUUACAGGGAUUCGAACCCAGGACCAUCGGCUUCACAGGCAGGGUCACUACCCACUAGGCCAGACCGGUCGCCAAUUCGGAGCGUAAUUCGGAACAUAGCCAUACUACGAUUAACGAACAAAAUUCAAAUUCAGCUGACAUGAAAAUGCACACACACACAGUCACACACGCGCUCAUGACCAGUCCGAAACAAAACACCACUCACGCGGCCUUAAGCGCGCUAACUGAUUUGGACCGGCAGCCAGCACUGUUGCAGCAGCGUUGUGAGCGUGAUUCGGAACACAGAGAUUGAUUAACUAUGGAUGGUAUAGAAAGGAUGCCAAUCUCUUAUGGCAGAAUUGUUGCAAAAGUGACCGCUUUCAGCUUUAAAUAAUAGUUCCUAAUCUCUCCGGUGGCGCUAGUUAGGCUCUGGGACAUGAGUAUAACAUGAACCAUAUAAGGCAACAAAUAACCCGACCAAAUUACGUAGGUUGUUUUUGGUAGUAUUUCGGUGUAUGGUGGCGCCGCCUAAUUACUGUUUUUUGAUGGACACUUUUCAUACAUUGAGAUUUGGCUCCUUUAUAUAGUCUCCAUGUGAUUAACCUUUUCGACGCCGUGUCAAACACAAAAGCUGUCAUCCAGACGCCACGUCACCGAAGUGUCAAAACUGAAAUUGAACUUUAUGCACAUGCAUGGAGGCAUAGACAUAGUAAAUACAAGUAGUUAUAGCGCGACCGACCGGGCGACCGGGGGCAUGGAGACUGGUCGGGUUAUUUGUUGCCUUAUAUGGUUCAUGUUAUACUCAUGUCCCAGAGCCUAACUAGCGCCACCGGAGAGAUUAGGAACUAUUAUUUAAAGCUGAAAGCGGUCACUUUUGCAACAAUUCUGCCAUAAGAGAUUGGCAUCCUUUCUAUACCAUCCAUUACCGGGGGUAAGAGAAAGAAUAUUCAUAUAAAAUUUGGGCGGCAUAGGAUUUUUUCUCUUUCACUCUUAUAAAUUUCGGUAUUUCGCCAUCUCCUCCUACCUAUGAUGCCACCCGGUCGGUGAUAAGGACAAAGCAUGGCACUAUCAAAGAGUGUCAGGCCAUGGUCAGGCCCUUGCAUGUAGGUCUAUGUUGCUCUGUGGUUUAUGACCGAUUAAUCGGUCUUUGGCGUUGGACCUACGGUGCGUAUAUAUCGGUCAUUGGCGUCCAAAAGGUUAAGCUGUGUAAAUUGUAAGACAAUUACGUGCUUCGAAUUUGACAGGUAAACGAGAUGGCGCUGUACAGCUCCAUACAUUUUGCGCAUGGAGACUGUAUAAAGGAGCCAAAUCUCUAUGUAUGAAAAGUGUCCAUCAAAAAACAGUAAUUAGGCGGCGCCACCAUACACCGAAAUACUACCAAAAACAACCUACGUAAUUUGGUCGGGUUAUUUGUUGCCUUAUAUGGUUCAUGUUAUACUCAUGUCCCAGAGCCUAACUAGCGCCACCGGAGAGAUUAGGAACUAUUAUUUAAAGCUUAACGCGGUCACUUUUACAACAAUUCUGCCAUAAGAGAUUGCGAUCCUUUCUAUACCAUCCAUAAUUUUGCGAUAACUCCGAUUGUCAAAAGUUGACGUUUGACAAUUCAGUGGCCGCGAAACAUAUGACGCACUACAGCGCAUCUCGUUUUGGAUGCCAAACUAAGGGGCACGUUUUUUUCUUACAAUCAAUUAUCAUUGCUAGUGGUAACAACUGAGAUUUUGUUCCGAUCUGUAAUAACUGAGAAAAACAAUUCCCAGUAAUUACCACCAACUUUGGUGGUUACACCAAAAUGUUUUAAUGUUCAAUAAUGACAAGAAUACCACUGGUAACAAGUGGGAAUAACCCAUCUUAUAUAAUUUGUAAUUAAAUUAAACUUUCAUUAACCUUUUUAUCUUCUCUUUCAAUCGAAUUAAAGGACCUCGAGAUUUUCAUAAUAAUGUUAUAAUUUUCGUCUUAAUUUUCUAUUUUAAAUGGGACUUUAUGUAAAAAUAUGUCUUGGAAUAUUAAAAAUACAGGAGAAUCUUUUUUUUCUCAUUCGUUUUUUACAGCAAUUUAUAUCUAGAGAUAAGAUAAUUUCAAGACAUAUAUUUGCACAAAUCUAUUCCUUUAGUAUUUAAAUAAUAAUAAAAUGUCUGAAUUACGCUUGUUAAUAAACAGGUUGGCUAUUUACUUUAUACUCCAAAUUAUAACAUUUUAAACCAAAGAAAAUAAGCAUGUUUUGUAUAAAAACCCUAUACACACAUACUAAUUUUCAUUGAUUGUAAUUAUUUCAUAUUAUAGCCACAUGUUUUAUUUACUUUAAGAAUAUAUGCAUGUACAAAUGUCGUAUGUUCAAUUGUGCAUUCAAGUGAAGCAAUUUUAAAAAUUAUAGAAAAACGAAAAAUAGGCCAUUUCUGCAUUCGUAUUUUGCGCAGGAAAACCUUAGCUUCGCUAAGGCUUCUAUUUCAAGCCCUGUUCUCAUAGAAACAAAGUGCAUAGCCACCUGAAACUUGUAUAUUUUGUACUAUAGAUAUGCCAAAUAUAAGGGAGUGUCCGUAAUAUAUAAUUAACCAAUUCUUUUUAUUUGGAGAAUGCAUGCUAAUAUUUCGAAAAAGUGAGAAAAAAAUGGCUCGACCGCACUGUCCAAGGCCUUAGAUCACGCGGCCGCGGUAGGCCUAAGAAGCGCCGUGACGUCGUAAUAGCGGACAUGGACGAGAACAAUCUUACACCUGAGAAUGCCGAAGAUCGGGCAAAGUGAAGAGGGUUAUUCCCACUAGUUACCACCAAGUUGUUACCAGUGGUAACUACUGGAUUUUUUUCCCUACCUUUUACCACUGGUAACUACAGCGGGCUUAGCACGGUAGCAUUUUUAUCGCCUGUCACCAUGCCUGUCACGUUCUAACAAGUAUGUAAGUGCGAAAGUGACAGGCAUAGUGACAGGUGAUAAAAAUGCAACUAUGCUGACACCGCUGGGAAAAAAAAUCGUAGUUACCACCAACUCUUUUGUCAAUAGUGGGUUUACAAAGAGGUCUUAAAACUAUUUACAAUAUGUAAGUACAUAGGAUCUCCACAUUGUAAUUACAUUGGACAUUUUUUCCCAGUAGUUACCAGCGGUAAAAAGUGGGAAAAGAAAUUCCCAGUAGUUACCACUGGUAACAACUUGGUGGUAACUAGUGGGAAUAGCCCAGUGGAGAAGAUUGAGUAGGAAAGCGGACCCUGGCGCUAGGCCGGGAAAACGCUAGGUUGAAGAAGAAGAAUAAAAUUAUACUCUUCGUCGGUACAGUCACGUUUGAAAAUAUGAAUAAGAACAAAAUGCCAAGAAUAUGUAUACACGACCUUACUGCCCAUAAAUUAAAGUAGUGUAUACAUAUUUUUGGCACUUCGUCCGUAUCGAUAUUUUCAGACGUGGUCACGUCUACCUACGGUAUCAUGAGCACUAUACGCUUACUUAUUCUCUAGCCUAUCCGUAUUGUUACUUACAAUAUGGCGAAAAAACAAAGCCCAAUAAAAAAAAAACGAUUGAAUUUUUUUUUGAGGGUUAUUCUCAACUGUUACCACCAAGUUGUUACCAUUGGUUAUAGCUACAUUUUUUUCUCGCUUUUUACCACUGGAAACGACGGAGACAAAAAUCCUAGUCUUUUAGCGCAGGGUAAUAAUUGGUUAACAUUCUAUCCUUUGUUUAUUGCAUAGAUAACUUACAAAUAUCAGUAUGCAUUCUCUAUGUGCACUU